AUGAAACAGGGCGGAGCAAGAUGCAACAGCCCGAUUGUCUGCACGGCACUGGCGCUGAUUUUGCUUGGUGCAACGUCAACCAUUCUGCAGAAGAAGCACGCUUCGGAGCUGUCCCAGCUGCAGGUGUCGGCCGAGGUGGCAUCGCAGGCUGCUGAGGCAAAGCAGGCACACAUGGAGACAGAGACGGCCGCCAUGCACGCCACGAUCCUCGAGCUGAAGGAUCAAAUUCUGCGUAUGCAGAAGAAGCACGCGGCGGAGAUGUCUCACCUGCAGGUGUCAUGCGAGACGGCAGCUCAGGCAGCAAACGCAAAGCGAGCACUCAUGGAGCAGCAGAUGCUCGAGCUGAAGGAGCAGCAAAGGGGACACGCAGCUACGGCUUUGUACUGCUUCCUCACCGCGCCGGGCUUUGCUGUCAACAUCAAGACUGAGGACGCCACGUUCAGGCUCAACAAGGGGGCUCUGACGGUGGACGGCUCCUUCAUCACCGAGGUGCACUUUGUUGCCGAGACGGGACGGGGGGAGGGAGAGCUCGUCCACGCGACCUUCUGGGCGAACGAGCUCAACGACUAUAACACUGGCAUGAACAUGAUCACCGGCUUCUGCGGCAAGCGACCCUUCUUUCUCGCCGCCGGCAAGACGCGCUCCUGCGGCAACCUGGUCAUCCAGGUCAAGCACUCGAGCGCAACCUUCACGACGCCCGAGUGGCAAUCGACCGUGCGGGGCAAUCAGGUUUACGACCGCUUGUGGGGCGCGAAGCACCGCCUCGACGUCUCGCUGCGCGCGAUUGACGGCAGGAUGGUGGCGCCCGGGCAGACGCACGGCAAACGCGACAUCUACCCGACCGAGGGGCGCUUUCGGACCAGCGCCAUGGCCGAGGGCGCCAUUGAGGGCUCCGCCGAGCAGUACGAGCUUCCUUUCGGCAACACGGUCAAUUUUGCAUUCUCGCGAUUCUACAGCAGGAGGCCGGCCGAUGGGCUACUUCUGGCCGCUGGCGAGGCGUCUGCGGUUGACGAGGGCGGCGAAGCAAGUGUCUCCGUCAGCUCCAACGCCAACGCUGCUGGCUCUGGCCGUCCGCGCCUUGUCGGCAUGUCCCACGGCAGCUCGUGGGACCCAACGCAUGACUUCUACCCGGACCGCUCCAUCUUUGUGGGCAACGCGACGCACAUCGAGUGUGCGCCCGACGACGACUACUCGGAGCCCGCGAUCGUGCUUGCGGCAGGCUCGGCGAUGGGCGCGCUGCUGCUGUUCCUGAUGUGGCUGAGCUCAGGGCUGGGCCGGUACUCGCUCGCAUCAGCUACCGGACGCUUUCAGGCCAACUUCGGCCACGCACCCGACUACGUCGUCGUGCCAGGAUGGAUCAUCACAGUGGCAUUCGGGGCUCUCCGCCUCGGCGGCGACAUCAUGUGGUAUGGUCAAGACUCGGCCCCCACUGCUUCAAAGCUGAACAAUCUCGCUAUCGCUGUAAACGCUGGGGAGGUCAGGUUCUGGUCGGCGGAGGACGACACGCCAUUCCCCUCGGCCUUUGCACUCCGAGAGGCUUUGGUGGGCUUCGCGGCAGAGCACCUCGAUCUCGACGACCCCGAGGGCCCACUCUUCGUCACCAGCGACAACGACCGCUAUGACGCUGGGCUGGAAGCCUACCAGGCGGACAACCUAGUGACCUUCAACGAGCUCACAGUGGACAACCUGGUGGGAGAUGACAACACACUUGGACCCUGGGCUUUCCUCAACUGCCUUACUCCGUGGUCUGCGGAGCAACCGGACGAGGACGACACGUCCUCCGAGUUCAUGGUCGUCACAGGCGUGAUGGUAAAGUACGCCGAGAAGAUGGACUCGGAGCUCUUCGAGCUGUCGGCGGUGGACGCGCUCGCCAACUGCCUUCGGGCGGUGGCGAGGGUGCCGGCGGCGCUCCUCCCGGAGGACAUGACUCGGACGACGCGCCUCAAGUUGAUGCGGUUCACGCUCGACAUGACGCAGCCUGAACGCCACCGGGUGAUCAUCAAGAACAACAUCACGACGGUACUCAAGAGCUACCCAAACCUGGCCAAGUGGACAGGCGCCGGGCCGACAGCAUACGGGUACAUCCUCCAGCUCGCGGCGAAAGUGCUCGAGGGGCAAGCAUUCGGCUUCGACGUCCUACCCGCGCUCGACCAGAAGAUGGUCGACUUCGCAGGCCACUACCAGCAGUCCUGGUCGCCUUCGAAUAACAUCAAGUAUCUAUGCGAGCAACUCUCCGCUACACCCGGAGCACACGGGCAGACGGGUGCUGCGCCAGGCGGCGUACCCGGCGGCGGGCUACAGGGCCAAGAGUCCAAGAUGGUGCAGCUCCUCGCUGACAUCCAAGAGGUACACGCAGAAGGCGGAUCGGGUGACGACAUCAUUAGGACGAUUCUCGCGUCGACUUGCCCCAGGCCUAUCAAGUGGGUUCUGGGCGUCACCAAGUCGACGGUGGGCCUCCCAUCCGGUCUGUUGCGCGAGGAGGACGCCGAGCUGCCGCGACGCUGGGCGGACCACCUCCUCGACCUGAUUGUCGGCACGGACGUGGCGAUGAAGGACCUGAAGAUCGAUGCGUUCAGCCCCGCCGCGCUCGAAUACCUGAGGUCCGGGAAGCUCUCGAAGAAGUACAUCAACUGGGACCGCGAUUUCAUCUGCCCCAUCCUGCGACAUUCGGCGGGAGAGCAUCUCGGGGAGACGGCGGUACCGAUCAGGGACAGCGCCUACCAGGCAAUGACCACGUCUCAGGUGCUGGCGGAUUCGGACAGGCUCGCGACGCAUUUGAUGUACAUGCCGCGGAUCCUCCAGUCAAUUGGGCUGCUCCCGAAGGCGGAGAACAGCUACAUGUCUCUACUGACGUUCAUCCAGCCCAAACUGGCUAAGGCGCGUGCCAACGGGGUGCUCGCGGACGGCGCGACAAACGCGGCGAUGCUGGUGGACGCGGCCUUCGACGCGGCACCGUGCGUCUUUGUGCGGCAUACGGGCGACUCCGCGGGCGCAUAG